GUAUUGAUAUUGUUAAGUGAUAACACUAUAAAUAUUGUUAAAUGAUAACACCAUUAAAAUUGCUGCAUUUAGAUAUUUGAAGUUUCAACCUAAUCCAGUUUGAUAUGUACUUAAUGUUGUAGGUAAAUAGUACCAACGAGCAUCAUAAUGUCAAUUACAACAUUCUACAGACACCACGAGGAACGACUCGGGCGGGUGUUUGAGAUCUACGGACGUCUUGUCAGUCGAUACCCAAUGGUCAUCAUCUUUGUCUGCCUUCUCGUCAAUUGUUUGCUGUUUGGUUUAGGUAUUCUUAAUCUGGAGUCGGAGACAGAUACAGAGGUUCUAUACACUCCCCGUGGGGCCCGAGUCUACAAUGACAAGAUGGACCUUGACAAAAUCUUUACCGAUAAAUCCGACUCGAACUUUUAUCCCCGCGGAAUCAUCGGGCUCAACAAGGAAUGCCACGUGAUUGUACAAACAAAGAAUGGCUCUAACAUUUUAACACCUUCAUAUCUGGAAGAAAUAAAACGUGUAGACACGUUUGUUAGAAAUAUCAGUCAAACAAAGAAUGCUACCAUUUCUGCAUUCUCUGAUGUAUGCGCCUUGAGGAACGGGGCAUGUGUGGUCUCCGGAGAUUUCUUAUUCACGGAAAACUUCAAAAAACAUCUUCUAGCGAAGAACAUAACUUUUCCGGUAUUUUCCAGAAGUAUUAUCAGUACAAACUUUGGAGAUGUAAGAUCUUCUAACGGGACACUGGAAUUCUCCUCAAUGGUAUUUUUGCGUUACUACUUACGUCAAAACACGAUAGAAGCCUCGAUGAAAUCGGCAGACUGGGAGAGGGCUUUCGUUGACGCUAUGGAAACCUUUGACUCAGCGAUGGUAUCAGUUGCAUAUUCGGCAUCCAUUUCCAAAGACGAAGAACUCAGCAAAAACAUUAGCGGCGACUUGAAAUUCUUUUGUCUCACGAUUUUGAUUAUGCUGGUGUAUGCGACUUGCGCGACCUCUGGUGGAAAUUGUGUGUCGGAGAGACAGAAUCUUGGUCGCGCCAGUGUUUUAGCCACUUGUCUUGCUAUCGCGUCCUCACUUGGUCUACUAAGUGCCUUGGGUGUUAAGUACGUAGAGAUCGCCGGGAUAAUGCCGUUCCUGGUGCUAGGUAUUGGUCUAGAUGAUAUGUUUAUCCUGAUGUCCUGCCUCGCUGAUGCAGAAGUAAAGAGUUCUAUUGAAGAAAGAAUCAUGCAUGCCAUGAGGACAGGGGGCGUGGCCAUCACCAUAACGUCCGUCACCGACUUCCUGGCGUUUGCGAUCGGGGCUACUUCCGUUUUUCUUGGAGUGCAAAACUUCUGUCUCUUUACUGGAACUGCUAUCAUCUUCUGCUACCUAAACCAACUUGCUUUCUUCAUGCCGUGUAUGGUGAUCAACGAGAGGCGUAUUGCCGCCCGCAGACACUGCGGCACGUGUCUUCGGACCAAGUCACGUCCAGAACUUAUAACAGAAGGACAUUCCAAGUGUUUUGCCGUGUGCUGUGGUGGAGAACCCCCAAAAAUACGAUCUGAUAAUGAAGGGUUUUUGGAGUCAUUUCCCAAACGUGUACUACAGAAGGCCUUGACGAAUGCUGUUUUCAAAGUAUGUGCCAUCAUCUUGUUUAUUGGAUACAUAGCGGCGUCUGUGUAUGGUUGUGUAAACCUAAAGGAAGGAUUGCUACUUAGCAAUAUUGUCGACAAAAGCUCUUAUUACCAUACGUAUGCCAAACUGAUAGAAGAUCACUUUUCCAUUGAAGUUCCUGUUGCGUUUACAUUUACCUCCCCUCAGGAGUACCAAGAUCCUUUGAUACAGAGGAAAAUCAUUGACAUGUUGGCAACAGCAAGACGUGACCCACUUGUGAACUCUGACAUUGAGAUUAACUGGCUCAGCGACUACAGAGCUUCCGCCUAUUACAAGGGGACUAAUGAAUCGGAGUUCGUUUCUGGUGUUCAACAUUUCUUAUCUGUACGGCCAGAUCACACUAACGACGUCAUACUUGACGUCACAGGAACUGAAAUCGUAGCUUCAAGAUUUUACGUAAUUUCUAAUGACGUGACCUCAACAACAGACCAGGGGGAAAUGAUGAUAAAUGUCCGACGCAUCGCUGAUAAUUUCGAACUUCCUGUGACUGCGUACAGUUACUGGUUCUUUGAUUUUGAACAAUUUGCCGCUAUAUUACCAAAUACGUUGAAAACUAUGGGUAUAGCAAUAGUCGUGAUCUGUGUGAUGACGAUUUUGUUCAUGCCCCAUCCUUUCCUGAUUGCCUGUGUGACGGUCACCAUGACGACUAUCCUGCUGGGCGUGUGUGGCUUUAUGUACUACUGGGAUAUGACAUUAAGCACAGUGACAAUGAUCCAGCUUAUCAUGUGUAUCGGUUUCUCUGUCGACUCCAGUGCACACAUGUGUCACGCUUUCAUAACAGUAGAAGGAAAUACAAGAGCUGCACGUGUGAAUGCUGCUAUCGAAGCGGGCUGGGAGCUCCGGUCUUCAAUGCGGCGCUCUCCUCUAUUAUCGGCAUCACCCUUUUGAUAUUCUCUUCCUCCUAUAUAUUCCGGACCUUUUUCAAAAUGAUGAUACUUGUUUUCCUGUUUGGACUUGCACAUGCCGUCUUUUUAUUGCCAAUCUUAUUUUCAAAGUUUGGUCCAAUCAGCAAGGAGGUUAGUAAUGAGACCCUGGAGUCAUCUGGUCAACUACUUACAAGUGAACGGAGGGCUGCCAUGAACAAUCACUCAAAUGCUUGAACAGACUGUAAAAGUGCAAUGUAGUACCACGUUUUAUCACGUUCAAGAAUUAUCUAUUCUGUUUAACAUUUGUUAUGGGGUAUGAAUAUAAUAUUUCUGGAUGUACGUGACUUGCAAUAUUAGUAACUAAUUUGUGAUUUUUUUAUUAUGUCAAUAAUCUGCGCUAAAUGUAAACAUGCGUUAUAACAAAAUACAUUUUCAGUAAAACAUUGUGCUAAGCUAUCAUCAUUUAGGAUUUAUUGUAAGGUAUUUUGACAAAAACUGUAACAUUGAUCAAUAUUUUUCAUCUUGUUUGUGAUAUUGUAUAUAUUUGUACACAUAUGAAAUAUAUUGUAAUGCAUGUAGUCCUUAAGCCUUUUGUAUCCUCAUCCAAGGACUAGAAUCAUUUUCUAACGAAUCACAAACAUUUUCAUAAAGUUCAUAGUGUAAUCGACGGUAAUGGUUGAUAUAGGCUGCUUUUUAAGAGGCGUUUAGAUAAUUUUAAUAACUUUAUUGAAUUUUAAAAAAUUCAAUGAUAAUACCAAGCAAGUCUGUUAGAAAUGAUACAUUCCUAUCUACCAUUGGGGAAUGAAAGGAACUGUGUUCUGCCGUUUGGAAUUCUUAUGCUGUUUACAUCUUUAUACAUUUGAAUGCAUAUACAUUGAAUAAAACAAUUAUGACUUGUAUAUUACGUCAAUAAAGUGAAUUUUAUAUUUAUUCAAUUCUUCCUACAUCACAUGACCACACAGACCACAAACAAGUCGGUCUUAAAAUAUGUUGUAUAAUUCUUUUUAAAAAAUAAAAACGUUUAAUCUC